UAUUGGUUACGUCAUAACUAUACAAGUUAUACGAAAUCCGCUCUGUGGCGAACCGGUGGGGCGGUUGGGAAAACAACUUUUUGAACUAUUUAGUGUAUGCUGCGACCUUGGUCAUUAUCAUACUUAUCGUAUAUUUUACUGUCAACUGUUAUUUCAUAUCAGAUUCGUCGUUGUCCGAUAUACUGUGUUUUAUCUUCCUGAAACAUGUCAGCAGGCGGCCUCUUAAAAUCUACAAAACUAACUUUGUGCUCUCUCCAAUCGGCGAAGGCAGCAGCAUCACAAUGCCGAGCCUUCACUACUCAGCUGACGGAGCAGCAGAAGGAGAUCCAGGCCCUGGCCCGCAACUUCUCCAAGGAGAACCUCAAACCGCAGGCCUCCCAGCUUGAUAUAAAAGCCAGGUUUCCGUUUGAUCUUAUAAAGAAGUUAACAAAGUUAGGCCUCAUGGGGGCCUGCGUGGACUCCGAGUACGGAGGCCUAGGCCUCGACUACUUAUCCCUCGCGCUCGCCGUUGAAGAGAUCUCUCGAGGCUGCGCCAGCACGGGCAUGAUACUGUCGAUACACAACUUCCUUUAUGCGAACUUGGUUAACGAGACAGGGACGGAGGAACAGAAACAGUUGUUUUUGAAGAAUUAUACGGCGGGGAGUAUUGGGUGCUUUGCGCUGAGUGAGCCAGACGCAGGCAGCGACGUCGCCAACAUCAGAACAACAGCGAGACGGGACGGUGACCACUGGGUGCUGAACGGCAAGAAGAGCUGGGUCACCUCCGCCAUAGAGGGCCACGCUACGGCGGUGUUCGCUACCUUCGACCCCGAGCUGCGCCAUAAGGGAUUGGCUUGUUUCCUGGUGCCGCUGGACGCGGAGGGUGUGUUCAGAGGAAAUAAGGAGCCCCUAAUAGGCGUCAGCGUAUGUCACAGAGCGGCGACUGCCUGCGACCUGACGCUAGAAGACGUGCGAGUGCCAGCGACGAGUCUGGUGGGGGAAGCGGGGGAGGGGUUCAAGAUAGCCAUGGCGCAGUUGGACCAAGGCAGGAUUGGUAUCGCGGCGCAUGCUGUGGGCAUCGCACAAGCCGCAUUAGAUACGGCGAUCAACUAUGCUAAAGAAAGGGUGGCAUUCAGCAAAAACCUCACGCGACUUCCUUCAGUGAAGGAUCGUCUCACAGACAUGUGCAUCCUAGUAGAGACCGCGCGUAUGCUGACAUACCGCGCCGCGACCGACGUGAGCACCAAGAACAGUUCUAUGGCGAAGUACGUGGCCGGCCGCAACGCCGCCGCCGUGGCCGACCACUGCGUGCAGAUCCUCGGCGGACGCGGCCUGUCCACCAACUACGACGCCGAGCGACACUUCAGGGAUGCGCGCGGCACGCAGAUCUAUGGCGGCGUCACGGACAUCCAGAAGCGGCUGGUUGGACAUUUCCUGCUCAAGGAACACGACGCACUCUGAUACUGUUACUAACACUCCUAAACUGAUCCCAUUUAAAACUAUUAGGGCCAC